GCACCGCCCGCAGCCGCGACGCCAUUUGCCACUGGCAAGCGUGGGCGCAGGCGGCUUUCGGAAGCACCGGUGACCAACCUCUUCCGAGCACGCUUCUCGGCCUCCCGCACAGCCUUCGUCCCGCGCGUUUCUCAGCGUCGCCCCUCGGAGUCACCGCCGUUCCUGCUGCCAUCCGGAGCACGGUCGCACACUCUGCCAGCUUGCCGCCAUGCCCAAGAAUAAAGGAAAAGGAGGUAAAAACAGACGUAGAGGAAAGAAUGAGAAUGAAUCUGAAAAGCGAGAGCUGGUGUUCAAAGAGGAUGGACAAGAAUAUGCUCAGGUAAUCAAAAUGUUGGGAAAUGGACGAUUAGAAGCAAUGUGUUUUGAUGGUGUAAAGAGAUUGUGCCACAUCAGAGGGAAAUUGAGGAAAAAGGUUUGGAUAAAUACCUCAGACAUCAUAUUGGUGGGGCUUCGAGAUUACCAGGAUAACAAAGCUGAUGUCAUUUUAAAAUACAAUGCAGAUGAAGCUAGAAGUCUCAAGGCAUAUGGCGAACUUCCAGAGCAUGCGAAAAUCAAUGAAACUGAUACAUUUGGUCCCGGAGAUGAUGAUGAAAUUCAGUUUGAUGACAUUGGAGAUGAUGAUGAAGACAUUGAUGAUAUCUAAAAUGAGCUCAACAUGUUACAUUCCGGUCCUUCUGAAGAUUGCCCUACAAAUUUGAAAUCUGGCCAGUCAUAGACCUCAAGGAAAAGUUUUCACUCUCUUGAUUGUAAUUUGUUGAGGCAGACUUGAUUCGAUACUAAGAUCGCUUCUUUCAAAACUGAUAAUAUCUUAAGUGAUAUGUUAAGCCCACUUUCUUUGUUCAUUUGAUGUAACAGAACUCAAAAUCAUGAUCAUGUAAGAAAAAAAAAUACUGCCUUUCCUACUUUGACCACUUCCAGUAAGUAAAUGGAUGUUUUGAAUAAA